AUGUCUGAUUAUUUUACAAUUUUAAGCAACAUAUUUACCUCGACGUCCUUAAAAAAGAAAUAUAGUAGUAGGCAAAGUACAAAAAGUAGAACGAAUGAAAAGAGAGUAAAAUUGAUUCGCUUAAGAAAUGGACAUUUUAGAAGAAUUGUAGAUAUAUCAAAUAUUGAUGAAAAAAGUAUAUUUCCUAAAUCAUGCACUUUUGCUUCUAUAUCAUCUGCAUCAAACGAAAAUGAUAGGAAAAACAGCACAGAAGAUACGAAAGAGCCAGAAGAGAAUUUAUACGAAAAGACUAAUACAUCGUCAAGUAUUAGCAUAAUAAUUAAUUUUGACGAAUCCGAUGAAAAUAAAUCCGCUCAAGAUAACCAUUCGAUAGAUACAUUAUCAGAUAUUUCUUUUACACAGACAAGCAGAAAAAGUAUGGAAAUUGAAUCAAACACAUGUGCGUCUUAUAGGGAAAUUGAAAGGGAAGAAAUAGAAGAAGAGGAAGAAGAAGAAGAGGAAGAGGAGGAAGAAAAGGAAGGAGAAGAAGAAGUUGAGGAAGAAGAAAAAGAAGAAGAGGAAGAAGAAGUUGAAGAAGAAGUUGAAGAAGAAGUUGAAGAAGAGGAAGAUGAAGGACUUAAAACCGAAGAAGAAAAAGAAGAGGAUAAAGAAGUACAGCCUGAAGAAGAAUUAAUAGAAGAAAAAAAAGAGGAGGAAAAAAAAAAUGAGGAAGAAGAGAAAAAUUUGGAAGCACCAUCAAAAACAUUAAUGAAAGGAGUUAAGACAAAUAUAUAUUUCUUAUCUACAAAAGAAAGAAUUGAAGCUCUUAUGUGUUAUAAUUAUAUAAGUAAUGCUAUAAUAUUUGAAAAGGGGAAAUUUCUAAGAUAUAUAUUUAUGAAUAAUGUUAAUAAUAUUAUAGUUAAUGGACAUAUGAUAGAUACGUUAUGUAAAAAAGAAAAAAUUAAAUAUAUUUUACCAAGUAAUUCAAUUAUUAUAGAAUCUAAUGAUUUUAUUAAACCUCUUAUUAUAGAAUUUGAUUCAAAUAUUUCUAAAAAAAUAUUUGUUAAACAUUUGAAAAUGGUUGAUAGUUUCAAAUUAGAUGAUAAAAUAUAUAGGGAAUAUUUAAACGAUCUUUCAGAACAUGAACGUGAUCGUCUCAAACAUGUUGAGAGUUUUUAUUCAAAUGCAAUCAAAGUUCAUAAUACAUAA